CCCAGUCAUACCACAGGGCAGCAAUAAAACACAACAAGAAAUAAACACAGAAAUAAAACCAAAAAAAAAAAAAAAAUCGAUUUGCGAUCGAAGGUUUUCGGUGAUUAAUCCAAUUUCUCGAGGUUGUUGCCGAUCAAGCCUUCACGUACCUACUACAAUGGAGAUGAAGAAGAUCGCCGCCGCCGCCCUUGUCGCCGCCGCCGCCUCCAUGAGCGUGGCCAUGGCUUCUGAGGCUGCCGCUGCCGCUGCCACCCCUGCUGCCGGCGCCGCCCCUGCUGCCGGUGCACCAGGCCCUGCUGCGGCAGCAAGCGAUGCCUUUGCUGCCUUGCCUGCCGUCGGAUCCUUGCUCGGGGCUUCUCUCUUCUCCUUCUUCGCCGCCUACAUGCACUGAGCUCAUCCGCCCGGACGACGCUUUCGAAUCAACGAACAAAUAUUUGACAAUGAAAAUGGCGGGAAGGGGAUUAUUACUAUAGUAUUUUAAUUUUAAUUUUAAUUAUUAUUUAGUAGUGGACAAAAAAAAUCAAAGAAAAAUAGAAUAAAGGAGCUUGGAUUUGAUGGAAUGUAUCUUUUAUUUUCUAUCAUUUUUCUUUGAUAAUUAUUAAUUAAAAUUAUUUACUUUA